UAGCAGACACGACUGCUUCCUGUCAGUUAAGAAUCUACAAGACAGUACCCUGCAUCAAACCUAAUGCCUCUGUCUUCAUAAAGGAUGCAAUUCGUAAAACCGGUGACAAUCAGCUGUGGGUUGUCAGCUCUACAAAAGUGUCGGCAUGGGCACCUAUUGAGUUCCACAAGACAUCUUAGCUGCAGCUCUAAACAACAACACGACUAAACCAGAUGGCCCAACAAAGCUUUCCAAAGCCAUAAAGAUGAAUUCUUCAUGUGACAUCAUUGCAAAAGUUGUGCAGACUUCGCCUUUGAAAUACAGACGAAAUGGCGAGCUGCCAAUAAAAUUUUUGGCACUUCAAGACACACCGAAUGAAGGGCCUGUGAAGAUAGCAUUGUUUGGGGAAGAUGCCCAGCGAGACUUUAAUGAAGGAGAUGUUCUCAGCGUCACACAAACAUACAGAUGGAAGGAUACUCAAACAUUGUCCACCAAAAAAUCUACCAAAAUAGAAUACCUUCCACAAGACUCAUUGAUCCUUCAACAGACUGGCCCCUGCUUCAAUGAUGACGACUUCUCAGCAGACACCACAAACAGUUUGGGCUCUGAGCCGGAAGAGUUCCAAAUAAUGGGCAUCACAUCAGCCCACAAAUACCAGUGCUGCCCAAACUCAGAAUGCCGCAACAAAAAGUUAGAAAAUGACAGUUGUCCGACAUGCAAAGGCAAGUCCUUAACUAGACAAACCUACUUCAGUGCUGCACAAGUAGUGCUAAGAAGAAGUGAUGGAUCGUAUGAAAUGAGAAAAAUAUUCCACACUGACCUAAAGCUGUUAUGUGAAAUGCCGGACUUAAACACAAUGGAAGAAGAUCCAGCCCUAUACCAAUUUUUAACAGGAUUGCUACCAAUCAAUGCCCGUGGCCUCUUUCUCAAUGGAAAAAUAACCAUCAUGUCUACAAAACGCCAACACGAUCGUUGA